CAGUUAAUUUCAUCCUAUGAUCAAACCGUUGUUAAGGUUCCAAGAACAGAGGAUGAUUUUGCUUUUGGAGCCAUGCUAAGGGUGGUCUAACAAUGGCACACAAAACCCUCUUCAGACCAACUUUCAUUCUCACACUCCACAAAAUGCCCAUUCCAGUUUCAUACCGCUCAUUUCGCCCCUCUCAACAACUCUUUUCCUUCCUCAACACCCUCCGAAUCCCACUUCCUGCAACAGCAAGAACAACCAGCAACACUCACACCCACUUAUGGUGCUCUAAUUUCAGCACCAAUACGGCAAUUGAGGGUUCAGAAAAAUGUUACCUUUACCUCACGGACGAGGAUUUGAUGCGGCAGUGCGAGAUGGAUACCUUCAAGGCCUCAGGACCUGGUGGUCAACACCGUAACAAGCGCGAGUCCGCAGUGCGCCUCAAACACCUCCCCACAGGAAUCAUUGCUCAGGCUUCAGAAGACCGCUCCCAGCACAAGAACCGCGCUUCUGCGUUGAAUCGCCUUCGCUCUCUUAUUGCACUCAAAGUCAGGAAAACGGUGGAUCUUGAUCCUUAUUCACCGCCUCGAGAGCUUCUUCAGAUACUUCCUCCCAAAUCAUCCAUUAGAGGGUCAGAUUGUGGUCCACAAAUUGGACCUAAUAACCCAAAAUUUGCAUUGGGAAUGCAAGCUCUUUUGGAUCUCAUUUUUGCAGUUGAGGGGUCUGUCUCGGAAGCUGCAAAGUAUCUUGGGUUAUCCACUGGGGCACUGUCUCGGUUAAUCCUAUCUGAUGAAUCACUUAGAAAGGAAGUAAAUGAUCUGCGGGCAUCAAAGGGUAUGAAGCCUCUCAAGUAGAAGAAGCUCUCAAGUUUUCAUUCCUUAUGAAGUUUUUUUUUCCUGUUCAGACUUCUCAUAGAGAUAAGGGGUUCUUUUAUUCAGAAGACAAAUCUUUGAACCUGUACGAGAUAUUUUUCCAUCAAAAAGCUGAUGUUGGCGAUGAAAAUACUGAAGCUGGUGAGAAGAAAGGUGUCAUAUGGCUGAAUUUUCAGCUUGUAGAAAACUCAUUCUUUGAAACUCAAUGAGCACGUUGAAAAAGCUGGUGCUUUGAGGUGUGCUGAAGGGAACAUUGAGAUGACAGAAGAUGCAUUUCUCUGAAUAUCAGAACUUUUGAAACAAUAUAAAUUUCUUGAUAUUCUCACACUGCAUACGAGUUAUAGUCUCAGUUUAAUGACUAUAUUUUUUCGGUGGAAAUGUGAAAGCACUUUUACACUGUCAGCAGAAAAUUAUCAUUUUGAUGAUUUUUUAGAUAAUCAUUGGACCCUUUGAAACAUGGUCAUUGGAAAAAAAUCCAUGAUGAUUUGUGAUUAAAUACAAUGUGAAACUGUUUUAAAUUGUUUAUAUAUAAUUUAUUUUCUCUUUUAUUUUUCUCUCUAUCAGUCAUCAAAUUAAGUUGACAAGAUGAAACACAAAAUUUAGGUACUUGUAGCAUUUAUUUAAUGUAUAUAUUCUUUUUUUUUCUUGAUUUUUUUUGACUGGGUAUGUCUUUUAUUCUUUAUUUGUUUCUACAGAAACCAGUAUCAAAUUGUUCCUGGAAGUCAUGAUUCUAACAAUAUUUCUUCGAACACUCGAUGGCAUCCACUAACAAAAUGAAUAUAUAACAUUUUAUUGGAUAAGAAACGUACAUGUAAUCAUAUUCCUUUGGAUUUAUCUCUUCCAAUUUUACAAUAGUGUUGCUUUUCAAAGGAAGACUUGUGAACCCCACCUUGGUUUAAUUUCGAUACACUUUUUCAGUAAGAUAAAAUAAAAUGAAUUAAGA